GCUCCCGUUUCGCUGAUCACCUCCUCAUCUCCUUCCUUCUCUACCGGGGAAUCUAUUCCUGUGACUGCGAAUUGGAAGAGACAUAGGGAGAAGAGGAGGCUUGGGACUUUGGUGGAGAGAGACUUAGGCUUCAAAUUACUUACAGCUCAGACUACCUCCCCUCCCCAUAUCAUCGCUUCGCCUAAACCCUAACUCCACGCCACGGAUCCAAUCUCCGUUCCAAUGGGCUCGCUUCUAUCCCCUUUUCUCAUCUCCCCUUCCAUUCCUCCGACCAACCAUUUGCAAUCUCUUUCGCCUUCCCCCGGCGAUGGCGAUAUCCCCGAUGCUUGGUAUGGUAACAUCCAGUACCUUCUCAACAUAUCUGUCAUCGGCUUGUUCCUCUGCGUUUUCAUCUUCCUCUUCGUCAAGCUCCGCAGCGACCACCGCAGCAUGCCCGGGCCUAGCGCCAUCCUCGCCAAGCUGCUCGCCGUCUGGCACGCCACCGGCAGGGAGAUAGCCCGCCAUUGUGGAGCUGACGCCGCACAGUUCCUCAUCAUUGAAGGCGGCAGUUUCACGGUGCUCUUGUCCAUAGCAGCUUUGUCCAUCUGCGUCAUACUCCCGGUGAAUCUCUAUGCAGGGACCGCGGUGCUCAGUGACCAGUUCUCCAAGACCACGAUUAGUCAUAUCGGGAAAGGUUCGGAAUUUCUUUGGCUCCAUUUCUUGUUUGCGGUGGUGGUUGUGGUUUUGGCCCAUUUCGGCAUGUCUGCAAUUGAAGAGAGACUGAAAAUAACUAGGUUCAGGGAUGGGAAUGGGAAUUUGAGUGACCCCAAUGCGAAUUCCACUGCUAUCUUCACUAUCAUGGUCCAGGGGUUGCCGAAGAGUUUAGGCCCUGAUAAGGCUUUGUUGGAGGAGUACUUUAGCAAUAAGUAUCCUGGCAAGGUCUACAAGGUUAUCAUGCCUAUGGAUUUAUCUGCGUUGGGUGAACUAGCCACUGAAUUGAUCACGGUUAGGGAUGAAAUUACUUGGUUGGUUGCCCGAAUGGACUCCAGGUUGUUGCCAGAGCGAACUGAGGGGGAAGAUGUAGUUGGUGAAGGGUUCUGGGAGAAAUCUAGAGCAUUGAUGAUCCUUGCCUGGAGGAGAGUAAAGCAAUUGUGGGACAAACUGAUGGAUGGAAUGGGUUAUACUGAUGAAGACAAGCUAGGAAAGUUGCAAGCACUGAGAGCUCAACUUGAAACUGAUUUGGUGUCAUUUAAAGAAGGCCAUGCUCCAGCUGCUGGUGUUGCAUUUGUUGUAUUAAAAGAUGUUUAUACGGCCAAUAAAGCUCUUCAGGACCUUCGAAAUGAGAGGAAACGGAGGUUUGGUAAGUUUUUCUCUGUGAUGGAGUUGCGAUUGCAGAGAAACCAAUGGAAAGUGGAACGGGCCCCUUUGGCAACUGAUAUUUACUGGAACCACUUGGGGACAACAAAGUUGUCACUGAGGUUGAGGCGAACCUUUGUGAAUAGUUGCUUGCUGUUGAUGCUUUUGUUCUUUAGUUCUCCUCUUGCGCUUAUAACCGCCCUCCAGAGUGCUGGCAGGAUAAUUAAUGCAGAGGCAAUGGAUAAUGCCCAAUCAUGGUUACAUUGGGUUCAAAGCUCCAGUUGGUUUGCUUCCCUUAUCUUCCAGUUCUUGCCCAAUGUUAUUAUCUUUGUGAGUAUGUAUGUAAUAGUGCCCUCUGCACUUUCAUAUCUCUCCAAGUUUGAACAGCAUCUUACUGUUUCGGGGGAGCAAAGAGCUGCACUUUUGAAGAUGGUCUGCUUCUUCCUCGUGAACCUAAUCCUAUUGAAAGCAUUGGUUGAAUCUUCUCUGGAGAGCACGAUCCUGAAAAUGGGCAGGUGCUAUUUGGAUGGAGAAGAUUGCAAAAGGAUCGAGGAAUACAUGAGUGCAUCAUUCCUAUCAAGAUCUUGUCUUUCUUCUUUGGCAUUUCUAAUCACUAGCACUUUCUUGGGGAUAUCUUUUGAUCUUUUGGCACCAAUUCCUUGGAUAAAGAGAAAAUUGCAGAAGUUUAGGAAGAAUGAUAUGCUUCAGCUUGUACCAGAGCGAAGCGAAGAGUACCCGUUGGAAGAAAAUCAGACGGCUGUGGAUGAUGGCCUUCUUCAGAGACCGCUGAUGAGGGAUUAUGUGAAUAAUUCAGAUGGGCAAGACCUUUCUGAAUAUCCACCUAUCAGCAGCAGCAGAACAUCUCCUAUCCCGAAGCAGAAGUUUGAUUUUGCUCAGUAUUAUGCAUUUAAUUUGACAAUAUUUGCCCUUACCUUGAUAUACUCAUGUUUUGCUCCAUUGGUGGUCCCUGUGGGUGCGGUCUAUUUCGGAUAUCGAUACAUGGUAGACAAGUACAACUUCCUUUUUGUGUAUAGAGAAAGGGGGUUUCCUGCAGGGAAUGAUGGAAGGUUGAUGGACGUCGUGCUUGGUAUCAUGAGGUUCUGCGUUGAUCUAUUCCUGGUGUCAAUGAUCUUCUUCUUUGCUGUUCAAGGGGAUUCCACAAAGCUGCAAGCCAUUUUCACCCUAGGGCUGUUAGUAGUGUACAAGCUUUUGCCUUCAGAUAGCGAUUACUUUCACCCUGCACUUUUACAAGGUUUUCAGACUGUUGAUAGCAUUGUAGAUGACGGACCUAUUGAUUAUGAGGUUUUCUCACGGCCCAGCUUUGACUGGGAUGCAUACUGCCCAUGAAUGGAGAUGUAUAUCCAAUCCAAUGUUUUCUCACAGUGAAGUCAAUUCUUAUCCCUUGCCGUGCCUGCCCAUUUGUUCAUCUAUUUAACAUUUUACGGCCAUAAUCUAACGGAGAACUCGAAUUGAAUACACAUCUUGAAAUGUGAGUUGGCUCUGUUUCUGUAGUCAUUUUUUCGCAUGGAAUUGUUUCAGACUAGGGUAAAACAGAAAGAUAAGAAGCACACUGUGGGCAGAGAGAUACGAGGUAAAGAAACAAUGAACCCUGGAGUUUGGCAGUUUUAAGGAGAUAGAAGUGUAAGAGAUGGAAGAAUGUCAAUUGGGGGAGCCAGGAGACGGAAGAAACCCUCAGGUAAAUCAAUGCACUCUGCCCUUUUCUCACACUAUCAGCUUCAUCAACGGUGCCUGACAAGUAAUGCCGAAGUCUUCGAUCGUAAACCUCAUUUCCAGGGUGAAGAUGUAUAUUGCCUGGCUAUUGUAAAGAGUGCAGAGCUCAACAUAAGUAUUACUGGCACUCCAUAAAGUUACCUGUCUUUUGAGCACUCCUGAUGCUGAGAAAAAAGAGUAUUGAGAAGUCCCCCGGACUUGCUAUCUUUCACUAUUCCCACUUAUGAAGAGAAGUUCGAGUGCUUUGGGUUGAAAGAAGUUUUGUUGAUGAACUCUUCCAUCCAGUGAAGGAGAAGAAGAAGAAACAAGCAUACCGGAUGUGGCCAGCUUGUUGACCGGCUGCAGCAUUUGUGAUGAACCGUUUUCUUCUUCAGCCUGAUGAUGUGGCCAGUUUUGUCAACGGGGUUUCAUUUACGAGGACUGGCCUCGAAUCAUUAUUAUAGUCAUACAUUACAUACAUGCAUAACGCGUUGUUGUUGAGUUCUUGGGUGGGAUCCAAUAUUCUACAUCCAUCCAGAAUCCAGAUCUUGUUCUGCGCGGAAGAUUUCGGAGUAUAUUGGCAGCACCACCAAUGUCUCGCAAUCUUUGGGGGAUAUGUCUGAAUAUUCUGUGUUGCAUGCCCUCUAUUAUUAGCUUGGACGGAUUUUAGUCUCAGGUUAAUAAACGAGUUGAUACAAU